AUGGUUUUUGGUAGACGCAAGAACAGAUCCGUGGAUCUGUCGUUGCAGGACAGCAAUUACCAGCCUUUCCCAAAUCCCAACUCCCUAAAGCCACAACCGUCGACUGGAGGACAAAAUACGCCAACUAAAACACCGCCUACCCUGCCGCCUCAACCGCGGCCGCGGCCUAUUCCUCCUCCUCCAGCAGCUCAGAAACCUACAAUUAUCAACAACUACUACUACGUAUCGUCGCCACCGCAACCAGGAAACGUUGCUCCUCCACAGCCCCAGCAAAUCCCGCAUCCCUAUUUGAGUCCUCGGUCUUCACUCUCGAGGGCGUCCCUGGAAAACAGACCUUCGUCGCACUCCUCCCGCACGCAACGGCCACCCCUGCUGGCAAAGGCCCCCAGCACGUCGUCUGAGGAGUCUGAAAUCUAUUCUUCGCCUUCAUUGGCACGUCUCGAAUUACAUCCUCGGCUGCCCCAGAUUGACCUCGACGACCCGGUCCCAGACCCACAAGUACCUAAUCUGCUGAGCCUGCUCUCGCGCAUGGGUCCAGACUCGAUUUCUGUUCAUAACCAGCAACUCUACGAUGCAUUCUCACGGUUUGGCAAGGACUCCAUAGAUUAUGAGGAUUUGCGACAGCUGCUUAUCAAUCCGGAAGGAACGUAUUUCAAAUCUGACAGUGCCAGACGCCUUUGUAACACGUUCGUGUCCACCACCUCUGAGUUGGAGUUUCGAGAUUUCAUCAGAUUGUGCAAAUUCCUCAAAGGAUGCUACGAUUCAUUCAAAUAUCACGACUCAGAUAAAUCAUGCUAUUUAGAGCCGGCAGAGUUCUCCAAGUCGCUCAGAUACAACCAGAUUACGUGUCCGGACAGUCUGCUGCAGCAGAUAUACAGGAACUCGCCCAACCUGAACCUCGAAGCCUACGUUCUCGCAGUGAUCCUGAUCCGCAAGCACGAGCGUGAACACCCUUACACCAGAUAG